AGCGGAACAAAACGGCGCGCAGGCCGGGCGCACCCAGCCACCGCCUGGAGAGAGCUGCCCGCCCGGCCGAGCCCGCCACCAGGUGACCUAGCCGCCAGUUUCAGGAUGCCGAACUGGGGAGGAGGCAAGAAAUGUGGGGUGUGCCAGAAGACGGUUUACUUUGCCGAAGAGGUUCAGUGUGAAGGCAGCAGCUUCCACAAGUCCUGCUUCCUGUGCAUGGUCUGUAAGAAGAAUCUGGACAGCACCACCGUGGCGGUGCACGGUGAGGAGAUCUACUGCAAGUCCUGCUACGGCAAGAAGUAUGGGCCCAAGGGCUACGGCUACGGGCAGGGCGCCGGCACGCUGAGCACCGACAAGGGGGAGUCCCUGGGCAUCAAGCAGGAGGAGGCCCCUGGCCACAGGCCCACCACCAACCCCAACGCCUCCAAGUUUGCCCAGAAGGUUGGCGGUUCUGAGCGCUGCCCCCGAUGCACCCAGGCCGUCUAUGCUGCAGAGAAGGUGAUUGGUGCUGGGAAGUCUUGGCAUAAGUCCUGCUUCCGCUGUGCCAAGUGCGGCAAAGGCCUGGAGUCAACCACCCUGGCUGACAAGGAUGGCGAGAUUUACUGCAAAGGAUGCUAUGCUAAAAACUUCGGACCCAAGGGCUUCGGCUUUGGGCAAGGAGCUGGGGCGCUGGUCCACUCGGAGUGAGGCCAUGCCACCCGCCGCCCCCAGCUCACUCCCGUGCUUCUCAUUGCCCUUCCCUUCCCGCAGCCUCAGCCACCUGCAGGAUUCCCUCUUCCUCAGCCCUGCCACACAUCACUAAUGACGAACUUGGGCAUCUGGCUCCCUUUAGUUUGAGGGUGGUCUGCCUAAGGUCCCACCCCUCUAAGGAGCUCCCCCUGCCUGGGAGCUGAUGCCACUGCCAGCAGGAGACCUCAGUGUUGUUAGUCUAGGUAGGACCGUGCCCCUGUCCCCACCCCCCGCCCCACAGACCUCUGUUCUUGGCCUCUUAGGCUGAGUGUCCACCAUCAACUGGCCACACCUUGAGCCACGUCUUGGAGCCCAGAGGAGGGGCAGCAGCAGGCCUGGUGGGGAGGGGAGCAGGACUGAGGUGGGGCGAGGGAAGGCUGUGGUUCACUGGAUCCCGGAGAUUCUCCUCCUUGGGUAGGAGGUGGGCUUCUUGGUGUCCCUCAGAACAGGGGGAGAGCAGCCCCAGCUCCGGGAGUUCCUGUGAGGCUGCAGAGAGGCACCUGUUUCUCUAGGCCUCUUGUCUUUGAGGCUGUGGGGAACUGGUGUCCUCCCCCUCAGGGUGGGAGGGGAACCCCUGGCUCUGAGAACCCCAAAGUCAGGAUGUGGUCUGACCUCUCAGGGCACCUAGUUUCCUGUUGGAUGGAGGCCCUAGUGGAACACCUCCAGUUCACACUCCCGUUUAUCAGUGGCCCCAUCUGAGAGCAGAUGGCCUGCCUCUAACCCUGGGUCCCUAGAUUGGGGUGGCAGCUCCUCCCCACCCAGCACAGCCCAGGCCAGUGCUCUGUUCUUACCACGCCCACUCGACCCGCAGAUGUGGAGGGAGGCGCGUGCAGCCUCGUCUUCACCCCGACACCCCUUCCCUCUGUGCCCUGUCCUCAGGAACUUUCUGCCCACUGGGGCCUUGCCCUUCCACCCACCCUUCUCCAGGGACCCUUCUCUGGCCACAUCACCCCCAUCCCUUCCAGCACCGCCCCCCCCCCCCUCCCCGCCAGGAGCAGCUGGAGGGAGGGGGAGGGGCCAGGCUUCGCUGCUCCCAGUGACUGACAGGAGGACACUACAGAGCUGAGCUGUCGGCUGGAAGGGCUGCAGGCACGCAGGCACGGCUGUGUUCAAUCUGACUUCUCAUCUGGGCAAUAAAGCUGUUACAACACAACUUGGUGUCUGGUCCUGG